AUGAAUUCAAGAGAUACAGUUCAAUGUUACACUUAUAAAAUGGUAGUAUUAGGAUAUUACAGUGUAGGAAAAAGUAGCCUUGUUUUGAAAUAUGCUAAGAAUGAGUUUAAUCCAAAUGAAGAAAGUACUAUUGGUGCAUCUUUUAUUACUAAGACGAUGACAACAAAAGAUGCUUGUGUCAAAUUUGAAAUUUGGGAUACUGCAGGCCAGGAAAGAUACAAUAGUCUUAUACCAAUGUACUACAGAGGAGCACAGAUAGGUCUUAUAGUUUAUGACAUAACAAGCAGAGAAAGCUUUGAUGUGGCAAAAAGGUGGGUAGAAGAGCUAAAAUUUGAGAAAACAAAAGACUUUUUAAAAGUCUUGGUGGCUAAUAAAAUCGACCUAAAUGAAGAUAGAAAGGUCACAUUUGAGGAAGGACGUGAUUAUGCAAUACAACAAAAUUUAUUGUUUGUAGAAGCAAGUGCAAAAGAUGGAACCAAUGUUAGCAAAAUUUUUGAGCUAGUAGCGAACAAAAUUCCAAAAGAAGCACCAAAACCAAAGAAAAAAGGACUAAAAUUGAGUGAUUCUUUUAUGAAAUAUUUUUGCUGUUAG